CACUCCUGCUUUUCCCAUCCAGUGACACCCAAUGGAUCCCAUCGCCAGCCCGGUUUCCUGUACUUAGUCCUCAUUCUCGGCGCAAGUUUUGUCAAAUGUGUCCGACUCGGACCACAGUGCAUUGAAUCCCCCAGCCGCUGUCCAAAUUCGCUGUGCUGUUCCUGCUCUAGCCCCACACGUUCAACGAAAUCAGCCUCUUCGUUAAGGUAGCGUUCAUUUCCUGGUUUGCCGAAGUUGGGAUCGAACUGAGAACUUUGGGCAACGAGUGAGCUGCAUUGCUUGGUUGUUCAUGACGAUGUGGUAGCUUUUUGUAGAUUAUUCACCAGGUGGUUGAAGCGUCGGAGAUUUUUGUGGAGUUAGUGGUAGUAGUGCAAGAUGGCGGACCAGUCGUCGUCUGCAGUGGGAGACAGGAAUGCUAAGGGUGAUCCCGGAUCAUCCAUGCAUGGCGUCACGGGAAAGGAGGCCUUGUAUGCAUUCUCCUUGCAUGAAGGGGACAAGAUGAAUCAUGACCCGGACGCAAAGAAGUUUGCGCUGCCGGUGGAUUCUGAGCACAAAGCCACGACGAUGAGGAUUUACAGCUUUGCUCGUCCCCACAUGUUGACCUUUCACUUGUCAUGGUUUUCUUUCUUCACGUGUUUCUUGUCGACUUUCGCUGCGCCCCCGCUCAUUCCCGUAAUUCGUGAUAACUUGAACCUGACUAAAGAGGACAUCGGACAUGCUGCCAUCGCCUCCGUGUCUGGUUCGAUUCUGUCCCGUUUAUUAAUGGGAAGCAUUUGCGAUUUAAUUGGUCCGCGAUAUGGGUGCGCAUUCCUCGUGAUGAUCAUUUCUCCGGCGGUGUACGCAAUGGCGUCGGUAGAGACUGCAGCAGGAUUUACAGCGGUCAGGUUCUUCAUCGGGUUCUCCCUAGCCACAUUCGUGUCCUGCCAGUACUGGAUGAGUUCCAUGUUCAACGGCAAAAUUGUGGGAACCGCCAACGGAAUUGCAGCCGGCUGGGGUAACCUGGGAGGUGGUGCGACCCAAUUGAUCAUGCCUCUGGUGUAUGCACUGAUCAAAGACAGUUUCAAAUCUCCGAGCUACACCGCGUGGCGACUGUCGUUUUUCUUGCCUGGUGUGAUGCACACUGUCAUCGGUUUGAUGGUGUUGUUUUUGGGUCAAGAUCUUCCCGACGGCAACUUCAAGGAGCUUCAGGAGCAAGGAACCAAAGUCAAGGACAGCUUCAGGAAGGUAUUCUUUAAUGCGGUCACGAACUACAGGACAUGGAUUUUCUUGAUCACCUACGGCUACUGCUUUGGAGUCGAACUCACCGUCGACAACAUCAUUGCUGAGUAUUUCUACGAUCGCUUCGGAUUGAGCUUGUCCAGCGCUGGAAUCAUUGCUUCCAGCUUCGGGUUCAUGAACAUUGUCUCUCGGCCACUGGGAGGAAUAUUGUCUGACGUCGUCGCAAGGAGGUAUGGAAUGCAAGGACGGCUGUGGAACUUGUGGAUCAUCCAGACCUUGGGAGGCGUAUUCUGCAUCGUUCUGGGCAAGACAGCAGCGCUGGGACCCGCUAUCGGGGUCAUGAUUGUGUUCUCCUUCUUCGUCCAGGCCGCGUGCGGUGCGACGUUCGGCGUGAUUCCAUUCGUGUCUCGACGGUCGCUGGGUGUGAUCUCUGGGUUUACCGGAGCAGGAGGCAACGUCGGUGCGGUGCUAACGCAGACGAUUUUCUUCACCCAAGCCACGUACCACACGGAGGUGGGUAUUGAGAACAUGGGAAUCAUGAUCAUCUGCUGCACGGCGCUGGUGCUGUUCGUGUGGUUCCCGCAGUGGGGAAGCAUGUUUUUCAAAUCGUCGAGGAUGACGGAGGAGGACUAUUACGCUUCGGAGUACAGCGAGGGAGAGCAGGAUCAAGGGCUGCAUCAGGCGAGCUUGAAGUUCGCAGAGAAUGCCAAGUCGGAGCGAGGAAGGAGUAAGGGCAGCAAGAGCCCUCCUGAGGAUGGGAAGCCAGAUGGGUUGAAGGGCAUCAAGGAGGGCGCGGAGGUUUAAGUCAAAACCAGCAGCUAAUGCAUUCACCACGCACGUCCCACCCUUGUGAUAUCAACACACAUUUACACACACACAUAUUUCAUAUCAUUGAUCGAAUAAGAAAAUUGGGGGCAGUGAAUUACAUGAAAGCCUUUCGGAAUGUCUGAAUUCGUGGAGGCUAGCGUGACCAAGCAAGCUCGUAGAAUUCUCCAUUGUCUGAAGUUCAUGGAACGGUUCACAGGAUUGUUAGCAGCGCAUCGGAUGUGUUAAGGCCAAAUGCACUGACUCAUAAAGUAGGAAUUGAGUUCUAUGUUGUAUUUCUCACCAUUGAAUGAAUAUAACAUGAGUUUUCCUACAA